AUGUCAAAUCAAGAAGAAACUAAAAAUGAAGACCUACCAAUAAUCAUUGAAGGUAAAGCUUAUCCAGAUAUUACCAAGAAUCCUUUAGAUGAAAUUUCUUCAACUGCAUAUAUCUUAGGUAUUCUUUUAGGAUUUAGUGUUGGUAUUUUACCAUUAGUCGGUUUUAAGAAUUUCAACCUUUAUUUAGUUGCACUAUCAGUAUUUCAUUUUACUGAAUUUUAUAUUACUGCUAAAUACAAUCCAGGUAAAUGUCACAGUGAAUCUUUUAUAAUAAACAAUGGGUUCAGUUAUAUUGCUGCUCAUAGUGUUGCUAUUUUAGAAUGUAUUAUCGAACUAAUUGUUUUCCCUAAUUGGAAGUCAUUUUCUUAUUCAAUGGUUCAUAGAAUAAUUGUCGUUGUUGGUGCCAUUUGUGUUAUCAUGGGUCAGGCUACAAGAACUAUUGCCAUGUAUACUGCUGGUCAAUCAUUCUCUCAUGUUAUUAAAACUGAAAAAAAUGCCGAUCAUAAAUUAGUUACUGGCGGAAUUUAUGGAUUUUCUAGACAUCCAAGUUAUUUCGGUUUCUUCUGGUGGGCAUUGGGUACCCAAAUGCUAGUCCUAAACCCAAUUUCUUUCAUUCUAUUUGCAAUCGUGCUGUGGAGAUUCUUUUCUGCUAGAAUUAAAUUUGAAGAACAAUAUUUAAUUAAGUUCUUUGGAAUUAAGUACGUUAACUUUAAGAAGCAUGUACCUGUUAGAAUCCCUUUCAUGGAUUAA